AGAAAGCUGAUCACACGGCCAAAAGAAAGAGCAAGCCUUUUUCAUUAUUUUUCAUCCACCAUCGUUGUAUCUGUAUAUUCUGUUGUCCCCUCAACUGUCCAACCCCACUCUCUCAAUUAAAUUAUCAAGUCCAAGUGAUCUGCAAAAUCUCUAGAAUGUCAAGCAACAAUCUUUGUUCAGAAGAGGGAAGCAGCAGUAAACAAAAGCGUCGACCAGCAGGAACUCCAGAUCCAGAAGCAGAAGUUGUAUAUCUAUCGCCCAAAACCUUGUUAGAAUCGGAUCGAUACGUUUGUGAGUUCUGCAGUCAAGGGUUUCAAAGGAAUCAAAACUUGCAGAUGCACAGAAGAAGUCACAAAGUGCCAUGGAAAUUGCUCAAAAGAGACACACCAAUGGUGAAGAAGCGUGUUUUCGUGUGCCCAGAACCCAGUUGCCUGCACCAUGAUCCAUGCCACGCUUUAGGUGAUCUCGUGGGAAUCAAGAAACACUUUAGAAGAAAACACUGUAAUCAUAAACAGUGGAUUUGUCAUAAAUGUUCAAAAGGGUAUGCCGUUCAGUCAGAUUUUAAGGCUCAUCUCAAAACCUGUGGAACUAGAGGCCAUUCUUGUGAUUGUGGCCGAGUCUUCUCCAGGGUGGAGAGUUUCAUUGAACACCAAGAUGCUUGCAGUAUUGGGCGACUUUUACCAGAAUCCCGCACCUUGCAGCCUACGGCCUGCUUGUCCCAGAGGCCAUCCACUGACGUCAAUUUUUUAAGCAAUGUGGGCUAUAAGAAUUCUUGGCCGGGCUUAAGUCUAGACCUCCAGCUAUCAGCAAAAUCAAGUGUUUCGAAUUGGACAAAAGUGGCAGGUCAAGACCAUUCAACACAGUUGCAACUCUCCAUUGGCUCAUCAGAAAUCAACGAGCAAAAUGAAAUGGACAGUAGAGAAGAUGAACAGUUAAGAAUGGCCAUGACCGAAAAUGCUUAUGCUCAAGAGGCGAGGCAACUGGCGAAGAGACAGAUUGAAAUGGCGGAGAAGGAAUUUGCUAAUGCUAAGCGAAUAAUGCAUCUAGCACGUGCAGAAUUAGAGAAAGCCCAGGCCCUAAAGCAGCAUGCAACAAUGCAAAUAAAUGACAUCGUCUUGGAAAUCACUUGCCAUUCUUGCAGGCAUAAGUUGCAAAACGAAAGGGGAGUGAUAGAAACUUGUUUUACUCAAUGUUGAAUUUUCUCUAUUAUUGUCAAAUGAAUUUUCUCUAUUAUUGUCAAAUGAAUGUAAUGAUAGAAUGCCAUAUGACAUUCUAUAAGUUUUGAUGUAUAUAUAGCGUUGUCCAUAAGCUUUUA